AUGUGAGGGGGCGUCACUCUGUGGCUCUUGACUUUUGGUUCUGGUUUUAAACAGAGUGGCUGAAGUUUAGUUUCCUCACUGACUCCGGAUCUCCUCUGGAUCUCCUCUGGAUCUCCUCUGGAUCUCCUCUGCUGGAGCUCAGGUGAGAUGACGACCUCCCCCCCCGGCUCUGUGGCCUUUGACGGGAUGUACACGCAGCUGAUCGAGGCCGACGACCAGCAGCACUGCAAGACAGAUGUGGAAGUCUCCCAGGUCAGACUGACCCCCCGGCUGAGCGGCCCCGGGCCCUACCGCCUCGCCACCAUCUGCCUGGCUACGCUCUGCGCCAUCCUGCUGAUCUCCAUCAUAGCCGUGGCUGCACAGGAUAAAAGCAAACCUCAGGGAGGAGGUGAAGUCGCCUCAGAGACACAGAAGCAGAUGCAGGAUGUGAACGUGACGGCUCUGACCGCCGCCAACAUCGCUCUGCUGCAGGAGAAGAAGCAGCAGAAGAAGCAGAUUGACGAGCUGCUGGUCAAACUGGCCACCUUGAUGGCCACUAAGGCUCCUGAGGUGAUCAAACCGAUCGUCUGCCCCGUGGAGUGGCAUCUCUUCAACAACAGCUGUUACCUCAUCUCCAGACUGUUCAGGGAUUGGGCGGAGAGUCAGUCGUACUGCCAGAGCCAAGGCGCUCACCUGGCCAUCAUCCACUCGGCCGAGGAGCAGACGUUUCUGUGGGAUCUCCUUCCCAGAGGCCACUGGAACGCCUUCUGGUUCGGGAUCACUGACGAGCACACAGAGGAUCAGUGGAAAUGGGUGGACGGAACUCCGCUGGUCGGAGGCUUCUGGGAGGUCGGCGAGCCCAACAACCACAUCGACGAGGACUGCGGCUACAUGAUCAAAACCCGGGUGCUGGAGCGAGUGGCCAUCAGGAGCUGGUACGACGCCCCCUGCCACAUGGACCUGCCGUACAUCUGUGAGAAGGAGAUGGGCGCCGGGGUCAGCACGGCCAUUCCACACUGAGGCGCCAAGGAAACCAGUCGCUGGUUCAUCAGGUUUUAACAAACGUCUGCGUCUACAGAUAUCUUACUUUCUUAAUUGUCUUUCAAAACCUCAACUUUUAAUUGACGUGAUUUUGAUCUGAAUACAUUCAGAUGUGGAUUUUGCCUGAAACAAAGGACACAUUAAAAGUCUUGCUUCUUGUGUCAGAGAACGGGACUAAAGAAGGAAAUGUGAAGCAGUAAAAAAACUGUAUUUAGUCUAAAAUGUCAGCAGGUAAAGUUUUUUACAAGUUAUCAAAUUAUACACUCGUUAUUAUGAUUAAUGAAUAAUUGUCCAAACGAAUCCUUGUUUCUUUUUAACUUGACCUAACGCAUCAUUUCACUUUGGCAUUUUACACCUUUCUUAUGAAAAUCAUCAAUUUCAAUAAUUACCACUUUCAUUAGAAUCUCUUAUGUGUUUAUAAUCAAUCUAAGUAAAUGAAAGAAAUAAUAUCAUUCAGAUUUUAAUGGAUCCACCUGGUGGUCACAUGGUUUACUAGUUACUUAUAAUUGUACAUACAUAUAUAAUAUGUGUUUUAUAUAACAUGCGAUGCUUUAUAGUCUAAUGAAACCUCAGUUUAGUCACUUUCUGUAUCUUUGCCUUAAACCACACGAAUGUCUAAUUUUUUACACGCUUGUAUUUGAGAAUUUAUAAAUCAGGGAUUCAAGAUAACUUUUUAUGUUUUGAUUUGUUUCUAACAUGUGAUAUUGAACUGCUUUAGCAUAUUAGCAUUUUAACUGUACAUAAAGGAAGUGAGCCGACGCUAGAAUAGUGGGAUCCUCUGAUCUGAAGAGAGUUUGAUGCACUCGUGCUCCGUUGAUCCAACAUGUGGAAGAAGUGUGUCCUGUGGAUCAUGUGAAUAAACAACAAACUUUA